AUGACGAUCGAGACCCGCCUCUUCAUCAACAACGAGUAUGUUCCUUCCUCUUCAGGGGAGACAAUACCCGUCUUCAACCCAGCAAACGACAACCUGGUCACCGACCAGGUCCAGGUCGCUUCGAAAGAGGACGUCGACAAAGCUGUUGCGGCAGCCGCGGCGGCCUUCAAGACCUGGAGAUGCACUCCAAGCGCCGAGCGCGCCGCUAUCAUGCUCAAGUAUGCUGACCUCCUUGAGCAACAUGCCGAAGAGAUCGCUCAGCUUGAGUCGACCGACAUGGGUAUGCCCAUCAUGUUCACCCGCAUGAUGGCAGCCAGCCAGGCGGCAUCCUUCCGUUACUAUGCCGGACUCACGGACAAAGUCCAUGGAGAGACGUUCAACGAAGAUGGCGAUGGCCUAUUCAAGAUGAUUACAUAUGAGCCGUUGGGUGUCUGCGCCGGCAUCUCGGCCUGGAAUGGAACACAGCUAUCUAUUGGGUGGAAGAUUGCACCAGCUGUGGCCAUGGGCAACACCUUUGUUCACAAGUCCUCGGAGCGCAGCCCACUCAGCGCCAUCUACCUGGGCAAGCUAGUCAAGGAAGCCGGCUUUCCUCCCGGAGUAAUCAAUCUCCUCUCGGGAGGUGGCGCGACUGGCGCACUGCUCGCUUCGCACAUGGGGAUUGCCAAAAUUGCAUUCACUGGCUCGAAGGCGGCUGGCCGCAAGGUGCAGGUCGCGGCCGCACAGAGCAACCUCAAGCACGUCACGCUUGAGCUCGGCGGCAAGUCGGCCUCGAUCGUGUUUGAGGACGCCAACAUCGAGAAUGCGAUCAAGCACAACUCCCAGAACUUCUUGAUCAAUAACUCUCAGGCUUGCUCGGCGGCGUCGCGCCUCUUUGUCCACGAGAGCAUCGCACCGACAUUCAUCGACGGGCUGAAGCAGGCGUGGAUGGGACUUACGCACGCUCUGGGCGAACCAGCAGAUGACAAGACAUUCCUCGGACCCAUGGUCGACAAGGCCCAGGCCGAGCGGGUCAACGAGUAUAUUGCAGGUGCAAAGGCGGAUGGCAUCGAGGUGCUUGUUGGUGGGGAAGAGCAGAAGCGCGCGGGGCAUUAUGUUACUCCGACUCUGCUGCUCAACCCGGGGCUUGAGAGUCGAGUGUACAAGGAGGAGAUUUUUGGGCCGGUGCUUGUAGUCCGUACUUUCAAGACUGAGGAGGAGGUCAUUGAGCUGGCAAAUGAUACCUCGUACGGGUUGUCCGGUAUUGUCUUCACGUCUGAUAUUGCUCGGGCUUUGCGAGUUGCUUCGAAGCUUGAAGUGGGAACUCUGUCUAUCAACAGCGCCCACUGGCCAAGCAAAUUCACUUCCUGGGGAGGCUUCAAGCAAAGCGGAUAUGGACGUGAGAGCGGCCUGGAGGCGGUGAAGGAAUAUGUGCAGUCCAAGUCGAUCCACGUUGCGCUGAAGGUGUAA